UGCCAAUCAGCCUACCAUGCAUGUCUUUGGACUUGGGGGGGGGCGGAGCACCCGGAGGAAACCCCCGCAGCACGGGGAGAACAUGCAAACUCCACACAUCGAACCCCCGACCCUGUAGGUGUGAGGCGAAUGUGCUUACCACUAAGCCACCGUGCAGCCAUAUUUGAUUUCAUAUAGGAACAUUAUCCUGACACCUAACCUUCAUAACGUCAUCAAAUUACUAAGAAUUGUGGUGAUACUUUUCAAGCGAAAUGGCUUUUGCGAAUUCUUUGAAAAUUUCAGUGGGACUGUGUUGUAUAAACAAGACAGUGUACAACAAAUCAACAUAAGAUUUCAAAGUUUAAACCCAUUAAACUGUAUCACAACAGUGAGACAUCCUACAGCCCCUCUCCAAGAAGGCAAGUGACUUUUGUAUACAGGUAAACAUUACAUGUGAAAGUCAGACUUACUAGUCAAAUAGUGUCAUCCAAUAUAUUUUAAGAAGAGAGUGAGCAGGGAGCAAGAGACAGAGACAUGGAUUAGGGUGAGGUUUAUCUCAAGGUACACUGAAAAUGGCAUGCCCCUUUCCACAGUUACUCAGAGAAUACCUGGCUUAUCGCCGGAUACAGAGAAAUCGUGUGGUGACCAAGGAUGGCCACUGCAACAUUGCAUAUGGUAGUGUGAGACACAGCCAAUUUUUCAUCUACUUUCUAGACCUAUGGACCACCUUAAUGGACAUGCGCUGGCGUUACGUUAUCUUUCUCUUUGGAGCCUCCUUUGUGUUUGGCUGGUUCUUCUUUGGACUAUUCUGGUAUUGGGCUGCUUUUGCUAAUGGUGACCUAUACUGGCAAAACCCAUCUGCUGACCAUCAGCCUUGUGUAGAGAAUGUUUUUGAUAUGACUGGUGCCUUCCUCCAGUCUAUAGAGACUCAGAUGUCCAUUGGUUAUGGUUAUCGACAAAUCACUCCAUUUUGUCCUAGUGUCCUCACCAUUUUCACAAUUGAGGUUGUCUUUGGGACGGUGAUAAUCUGCUUUUGGUGUGGGGUGAUUAUGACUAAAGUUGCCCGGGGGAAAAAAAGAGCCAAAACCAUCAGUUUUAGCCAGAUGGCUGUUAUCUCCUCUAAAAAGGACAAUCUCUGUUUGCAGAUCCGAGUGGCCAACAUGCGCAAAUCUUUAAUGAUUGGGAGUCAGAUCUAUGGCAAACUUCUUAAAACAACCGUCACCCCUGAAGGUGAGACCAUUAUAAUGGACCAGAUCAGGAUAGACUUCAUUGUAGAUGCUGGAAAGGACAACCUUUUCUUUGUCUGCCCAUUGACCCUGUACCACAUCAUUGACCAAUCGAGCCCGUUUUUUCAAAUGACAGUAGACACCCUUCACCAGCAGGAGUUUGAGCUUGUGGUGUUUCUCGAUGGCACUGCAGAGUCCACCAGCUUCUCCUGCCAGGUCCGAACUUCCUACCUUCCUAAAGAGAUCAUGUGGGGCUAUCAGUUCCUCCCUAUCAUCUCACGCAGCAAAGAGGGAAAGUAUCAUGUAGAUUUCUCCAACUUUGCCAAAGUGGCUCCUGUAGAUACAGCACCUUGUGCCAGUCACUAUGCUAAAUCCCCUGAUGGCUUCAAUCCUUACAAUACUCCCACUGACAGUGACAGGUUUCAGGAGAUUGAAGUUAAAGACCAGUCCAGUGCUACCAAUAUGUAAUGCAUAUAAGUGUUUUUAAGGGUGUAAAUAUUGCACUUAUAAGAUAUAGCCAAUUUAGCUAUCUUUAUGAAGAGUAAUAAUUUUUUUUACAUCAUAGAUCCAGGGUCCCAGGGUGGUAGGUGGAGUGAAUGCUUGAAAUUGCUACAACAUCUGAAUGAAUGUGUGAAUGCGUGUGUGCAUGGUGUUGGUGUUCCAUCCAGGGUGUAUUCCCACCUCACAUCCUGUGUUCCCAGGAUUGGCUCUAGAUCCACUGUGACUCUGACCAGGACUGAAUGAAUGAAUGAAUUUUCUUUGAUAUCAUCACCUUAUUGUGUCUGGUAAAUUAUUGGCUACUAGGUGAUAUUGUGUUAGUGAGA